AUGACCCCCCUCGCUACCAGCAAGGUAUAUUAUCUCCAUCCAGCACAAAAUCAAUCAUUGUCUAGCAUGGCUUCUGGUACAGAAAUUCAGCCUCCAUGGCUUACUUUCCUCACUAAACAAGCCUCGAUACCAUCCGGUCAGGAGUUCGUUCCAAAAAUUUCAAACAUCUUCAUAGAUUUUCUCCUUUCUGAUAACGAUGAUACUGCUGCGAAAACCGCCAAACAAAUUGACGAUUCUACGCGCGACUCCCUUAAUUUUGUGUUCCAAACAAUUUACGACUUAGCGGCACUUAUACCAUACGAGGAUCGUAAACAAGACAUGUUGUUACAGCUUAUAGUUGAGCUUCUGAAACUCCCAAGAAAAGCUUUCAAGGGUGUCGACGGCAAGAUUGUCGAGGAAAGCCCGAUGUAUCAUGAUAUCAAUAUAGAAGUCAAGCACGAUAUGUGGAAUGCGAGAAAAGUGGAUGAGCUUGAUUUGGAUGUGAAAACCCAAGAGGAAUAUACUCAAUCGUGUAUUGAGUGGAUCAAUCUCUCGGCAUUCUAUGCUCGCUGCAUUGCUGCGAGUGUUGACGAUCACGAUAAGAACGCGUUAAAAUUCCCCGAUGUUGAGAUUUGCGAAGCUUUGAAUCCGAAUCACGACCCUAUUCCAGGAAUUGAUACAGAUUUUAAAGUUGUGAUAGCAACUCAAUAUAUUAUCGUUGCUGGAGAAAAGAUCAGAGAGGAUAAUGUUCAAUGGUGGGAUGAGCAUGUUCCGAUUUGGGAAAGGAAAUUAGAGGAAUUUGAAAAUAGUUAUGAAAAUGGAUUCCCGGAAGUCGCCCCUCGAUUUGAGACGCCACCUGGCGAGAAAGAACUUAUCGGCACGGGAGAUCUGGGAAUGGAUGUCCUAGCAUCUGUGAAAGCUGCGAGGAAGAAGUUGAAGGAUAUGCGAGAAGGAGUCCUCGAGAAGGAGAGUAAUGAAGACUGCGCUGAAAAGAAGGAUGAGUAA